AUGCCGGAGUUCAUCACCGCAGCCACAGAAGAAGACUACCGGGAGGCGAGGGUCUUGCUGCGCGAGUAUGAGGUCGAGAUCGAAGUGGACCUGUGCUUUCAGGUGUUCGAGGAGGAGCUGAAGACUUUGGACCGCGUUUACGGCUCGCCGGGGGGAAGAUUUCUUCUCUUGCGUCAGGGAGAGCGGACCGCGGGCUGCGUCGCCCUCAGGGAUCUGGGCGGCGGAAUCUGCGAGAUGAAGCGCCUCUUUCUGCGCCCUGGUUUUCGCGGCAAGGGUCUGGGGAGAAAGUGUGCGGAGCAGAUCGUCCAAACGGCGCGGGAGAUGGGCUAUGCCGCGGUGCGGCUCGACACGCUUCCCUCCAUGCACGCGGCCAUCGCUUUGUAUCGCUCGAUGGGUUUCACCGAGAUCACCGGUUACACCGAAAAUCCCCUGGAAGGCGCGCUGUUCAUGGAGUUGGGGUUGGGGUAG